CUUGAAAGAGGUUGUGUUGAAUUGUAUUGAAAACAAUUUUUGGCGGCUGUUGAAGGUUAAAGACUUAGAUCUGAAACUCUGGCUUCCAUCGUAAAAAGCUUUACAGCCAUGAAGUAUGUGUUAGUGUCGGGCGGGGUGAUCAGUGGAAUUGGUAAGGGGGUCAUCGCCAGCAGUCUGGGUAUGAUCCUCAAGUCCUGUGGUAUCAGGGUAACCUCCAUCAAGAUUGACCCCUACAUCAACAUAGACGCCGGAACAUUCUCUCCUUAUGAACAUGGUGAAGUUUUUGUUCUGGAUGAUGGUGGAGAGGUUGACCUUGACCUUGGUAACUAUGAGAGAUUCCUAGAUAUUACUCUUCACCGUGACAACAACAUCACCACAGGCAAAAUUUACCAGCAUGUUAUAAAUAGAGAGAGGAGGGGAGACUACUUAGGGAAAACUGUGCAAGUUGUCCCACACAUUACUGAUGCUGUCCAGGAGUGGGUAGAACGAGUUGCUAAGAUACCAGUAGAUGGGGAUAAUAAGACACCAGAAGUCUGUAUCGUAGAGCUGGGAGGGACUAUAGGAGACAUAGAGGGUAUGCCAUUCAUUGAAGCGUUCCGCCAGUUCUUCCAUUUCCGUGUCAAGCGGGAGGAUUAUUGCUGUGUACACGUCAGUCUUGUUCCCCAGCCAGGAACUACAGGAGAACAAAAAACCAAACCAACCCAACAAAGUGUGAGAGAGCUGAGAGGUUUAGGUCUCUCCCCAGAUUUAAUUGUGUGUCGGUGUCAAAGUCCUGUGGCAGAAAGUGUUAAAUCUAAAAUCUCCCUGUUUUGUCAUGUGGAACCCCAACAGGUAUUUUCAAUACAUGAUGUGUCAUCUAUAUACCGAGUCCCCCUACUGCUCACAGAACAGGGUGUGUCUGAGUAUCUCAUGAAGCGGCUCCAGCUCAAGUACCCCUCCCCACACAAUAAUCGCUGGAUGUUACGGUGGAAAGACCUCGCCAAAAGACAUGAUCAACUGUUGAGGGAGGUAACCAUUGCUUUAGUGGGUAAAUACACCCAGUUAGAAGAUGCCUACGCUUCUGUCAUCAAGGCUCUACAACACAGCGCUCUGUGUGUCAGCCACAGACUUAACCUCAGGUAUAUAGAAGCAGCAGACCUGGAGAUGGACAUGCUGAAACAAAAUCCCUCCAAGUACCACGAAGCCUGGCAUCAACUGGUGUCUGCAGAUGGAAUACUUGUGCCAGGUGGAUUUGGAAUCAGAGGGACAGAGGGGAAAAUACUGGCAGCCAACUGGGCAAGAACAAAAAAUAUACCCUUCUUAGGAGUGUGCCUUGGGUUGCAGUGUGCUGUGAUUGAGUUUGCUCGUAAUGCACUCGGCUGGGAGGGGGCUCAUUCCACAGAACUGGAUCCUGCCACUAAAUACCCUGUGGUAAUUGACAUGCCAGAACACAAUACAGGACAGAUGGGCGGAACCAUGAGACUAGGAAAACGCAAGACUCUCUUCAAUGCCAAGACCUGUAUAACAAAAAAGUUGUAUGGAAAUAAAGAAUAUGUUGAAGAGAGACAUAGACACAGAUAUGAGGUAAACCCUAAGUACAUACAGACCUUUGAAGAUGCUGGGAUGAAGUUUGUUGGUCGCAGUGUGGAUGGAGAGAGAAUGGAAAUUAUGGAAUUAGAUGGUCACCAGUACUUUGUUGGGGUCCAGUAUCACCCUGAGUAUAUUUCCCGCCCCAUGAAGCCCUCUCCCCCAUACCUUGGCCUCCUGCUGGCUGCCACGGGAAAGAUGCAGGCGUACCGAACACGAGGGUACAGACUGUCCCCCCACUUAUCCUACAGCGAGGGAAAUGACUCGGAGGACGAGGAAAUAUCAGAAAUUGUCAAGAAUCUCAGUACAGAGGAUGCAUUCGAAGUCUCAGCCAAUCAAACGAGCACCAGUGAACAAUCUUAAUCAUGUGUGUCAAUAGCCAUAUCACGAUAGUUUCCAAGUAAUAAUUUACAUUCCCUUCAUUGUCCUGGCAUUAUUUAUGCUGAUGAGUCUAUAUCAUGUUGUUAUUAGGUUCUAAAAGAGUUUUUUUUAUAA